UUUAACCGUAUAACGUUUACAGUCAAACUAAUUAUACUACUUUAUUGAUGGACUCUAGCCGAACAAUCUCUAAAAAAGCUGAACCCUUGCCCUCUCUUUUAAGUUCAUAAAAAAUGUCAAAAUACCUUCUUGUCUUUCCCAAGGCAAGCUCGGCACUGGCAGGAUUCCUUGAGGAGGAAACGGCAGCAGUGUCGGACGGCAAGCUGAUUGAGAAUGCUUGGCGUGGAGCUGAGGCCUUCCACUUCUACCUGCUAGCUCAACGACAACUCCAGGAAGGUUAUGUUGACCUGGCCAUGAAGACAGCCUUAGGUUUGAGGGAUUAUGAAGAUGUCCUUGACCCGGCAGAUAUAUAUUCCUUUCUUGCGUUGACGUCAACUGCAAACCGAGCAUUCCGGAUCUGUUCGAACGCUUUUAUCAAGUUGGAGACGCGGGAAACUCUCACACCUGAUCAUCGACAACAAUACGAGGAGCUCGCACUGGAAAUAUUCACAAAACACAGUUCAAAAGACAGCCGGAACACCUCUAUAGAAUGUACAAGCUGUUCAGCAAGCAUUCCUGACUGGGCAAUCAUUUGUCUAAACUGUGACACGAACUUUCCGACGUGUAUAGUGUCAGGACGCCCACUCAUGGAGUACCACUUCUGGAUGUGUAGUGCGUGUAAACAUAGGGCCUAUGAGUCGGAGAUUGCGCAGCGACAGACAUGCCCGCAUUGUCACACCUCAGUGUAG